AUGCCGCCACGCAAGAAAGCCGCCGCCAAGAAGAAAACGCCGCCACCUCGAGCGGCGGAGGAGGAGGAAGAAAAAGAAGACGAUUCGAAAAUGAUGGACGAGGAGGAGAAUGCGAUCGAUGAUGCGAUUGCGAACGAUGCCGAUCCGCCGCCGCGUCAAACGCAACUGGAGUUGUGGGAGAAAGAGAACGAGCAAAACUUGUUGCACUUAUCAUCGAUGAGUAGUGGUGAAGAAGAUGCAUUGAUGAGUGCGAGUUUAGGGCAUCCGCAACACGGUUCGGAGCUGUUUUUAGGCGGCGUUCCGAAAUCCGCGAGCGACCAAGACGUUGAGAAUUUGUUUAAAGGAUCUACUAAAGGACGAGGGAAAGGUAACACGAAGUGUCCGUCGCAACCGGUGGAUAUUCAAGUGGUGAAAGAUCCGAACGAUUCCAUGAGGAACCGAGGGUACGCGUUCGCGAGAUUCGGGAACAGAGGCGAGUGCGAAGACGCGUUUCAGUUUCUCAGCGAGAACGACGGCGCGAACGCGGUUAUGAUCGACGCGGAGAAUAACAACGAGGAAAAGAAAAUCAGGGCGACGAUUAAACCGACGAAGCACGUUUUAUUCAUGAGCGGGUUUCCGCCGUUUGCGACGAGAGAAGACAUCGUGACGGAGCUUUUGAGAGUUGGCGGCGCGGGCAUCGAGACGGUGUCGUUACCGAGAGCGAGCGGAACGGGAACGAACGGGAUUGCCUGUCGACACAAAGGGUACGGAUUUAUCGAUUAUUUUAAUCAAGAAUGCGCUGAAAGAGCCAUGAAGAACAUAAACGACAAGACGACGAGAAUGUUCAACGGCAACGCGAAUAAACCAGUCGUCGCGAAAUGGGCGGACGUGAGUAAAGAAAAGCCGCCGAGCAAAGAAGAUUUAUUGGCGCAGAGUAAAUCGGUGUACGUCGGGCAAAUUCCAACCGAAGGCGUGGCAUUGGACGAGAAAGAUUUGGAAGGGAAGUUGAGAGAAGUGUUUGGUCAGUUUGGCGAAGUCGAAUCGGUCAAGUUGCCGAGGGGCGACGCGACGAAAGGGUACGCGUUUGUCCACUUUACGGAAAGAAGCUCGGCUGAGAAAGCGGUUGAAGCGGCAGCAGCGAGCGCAUCUGGUGCACGUGGCGAUGAAUCGGCGAUGGAUGGUGUCGUAGCGGCAGGGGCGGUGCAGUUGCAAGGAUGUAAUUUGACCGUGGAAAUCGCGCGUCCAGAGAGAGAGAGAAACAACGAGCAUCGAGACAAAGGCGGACCGAGAGGAGGCAGAGGAGGUCGACGACCUAUGCACAGAGGAGGACGUGGUGAACCACCGGGAUCGCGCAGAGGCGGUGAUUAUAAUAACUACAUGAGCCCGCACGGGGGCGGUAUUGCGCCUCGACAGUUUGGCGGCGGGAAUUCGAUGACCCCGGUAUAUUUACCGAACGGACAAACAGCGUACGUUAUGGGUCAAGGCAAUAUGCCGGCACCAAACGCCGGUUGGGGGAGACAAUCCGUUACCGAUCGAUUGGAUAGAGGCGAUCGUGGUCGAGGAGGUGGAGGAGGAAGAAGAGGACGCGAUCGAGGUCCUCGCGAUUACGACGAUCACUAUCAAAACAGAGGCGGUGGCGGGAGAAGACGAGACGACUCUCGAGACGCGCCAAUGCACCGCGCCCGACCAUAUUGA